AUGUACCAAAUAUUCCGGGGCAUGCUCUGCUUGCGGACGUCCCUCGUUGUCCACAGGGACAUGAAGCCUGGCAACGUGCUCGUCAAGGCCAAUGGCGACGUCAAGAUAGCCGAUUUGGGUCUGGCGCGCACCAUCGACGCCGACGAUGACGACCACGACGAGGCAGUUCUCACCGAGUACGUGGUGACCCGGUACUACCGCGCCCCAGAGGUGGUGCUCACGGCAACCCACUACACCUACGCCGUCGACAUGUGGUCUACUGGUUGCAUCCUCGGGGAGAUGCUCACGACCAAGCCCGUGUUUGCGGGUAAGGAUUCGUUGGACCAGAUCAAGAAGAUCGUGGGCGUGAUCGGAAGCCAGUCUGUUGACGAGAUGAACUGGAUCCCGAAGUCGAGCCCCUCCUGGAAGUUCGUCGAGAAGUGCAACAAGGUUUCCACCGGCGAGGCCUUCCAGAAGCUCCUGCAGACCCCCGGCCUGGACCCGAACGCCGUGGACCUGCUCGUGCAGACCCUGCGAUUCAACCCGUCCAAGCGGAUACCCAUCGAGGAUGCCCUGGGGCACCCUUACCUCGAGGCCUUCCAGGCGGACUCCGACCCAGAGGUCCGGUCCGCGAAGGAGGUCGUCCCGAUGGACUGGCUCUUCGACAAGGAACUCUGUUUCGACGACAGGGCAGGCCGAAGCCCUACGACCCGAAACUCUUCCGGCAGGCGCUGCUGGACUGCUGCGGGGCGGCCGGCGGCCGCAGCAGGAGCCCGCCGUCGGCGGGGCGCAGCCCGCGCUCCUCCGGGCGCAGCCCGCGGCGGCGCUGGGAGAGGGGCACGGCGUAGGGGGGGCGGGCGGCCCGCCCUGCGCGCGCGCGCGAGCGGCAAUCGGGGCACGCCGCCCGCGCGCCGAGCGCCGACGCCGCACGGCCUCACCAGCGCGCGGCGGCGCGCGUGGCAGGCUGCGGCCGCCUGCUCCUGCGGGCGGAGAGCUGCGCCCCGCGCCCCGCGGCGCGGAGCCCGCGCGAGGGACCGUGCGGUGGGAUCGGUGAUCGGCGCGCGCAAAGGCUUUUGA